GUUUCGUGUCGUUUCACGUUGUGCCACGUUCACUUUGGCGCAGCAGCAUGCAGCAAUGCAUCACCGACGUGUACCUACGCUAUGUGAUUCCGCUCAAGGACUAUCUCAUGCUCGAUUGCCUUGGCGGUCCGCGGCCAGUCCAAGUUCGCAAGCUUUUGAACGCGCAAAAAGCCGCGACGGUCGUCGUACUGCCACUGCUCAUGUGGUACUUUGGCAACUGGUCGACGCCCGCAUACCUCCACUUGGCGAACCACGGGACGUUUGGAGUCUUCUGGGUGGUCAAGGAUGUCGUGACACCCGACAAGGUCUGGGCGGCGUACAUGACGUUGCCGUCCGCGCUUCUCGGUGUCCUAGUGCUCUCAGCGGACUGGGCGGCCGACUAUUGCAUCAUUGCGAAUCACGUCGAGCCAGCGCCGGGACUUGUGGGAUUCUGCACGGCGCUGCAUACGACCGGACUCACGCUGCUCAUGUGCACUGACACCCAAAAGUACUUUGUGUUGCGGUCGUCGCCUGGCGUCUUGUUCACGGACGGCUAUGUCAAGUGGAGUCGCAACCCGAAUUUUCUCGGCAAACUGCUCGUGUACCUCUCGUACGCGGUGCUGGCCGACCACUGGUUCCCGUACGCGAUGCUCACGUUCAUGACGCUCUUUGUCAUGCUCUCGCAUAUGAUUCUCAAGGACAUUUCGCUUGCGAAAAAGCCGGGCGGCGAAGCGUACCUCGCCCGCACGGGACUGCUCUUGCCCAAUGUACUCGGCUGGCUGCGCACCGACGUGUUCCCACACACAGCUGCCAACGACGCGCCCGUGAGCCCCUCGGUCGCUCGGUCGAGUUUUGCGGAAGACACAACAUGUUUAGCUACCUUGUAAAGCCGCGAGUCCUGUCAUAAAAUGACGUGGAUAAGUACCCUAACCGCAAGAGAAGCCAGUCGGAAACACGAUACUAGUACGGAUCCUAGUUAUGCGAGGUUAAUGACACUGUACGUUUAGAUAAUGCAUACAGCAACGUCC